AUGUCUCGAUCAAAAUCGGCCGUUUCGGCCUGCAUAUACCUCAUAAACAUAUUGGCGCACUCCGUCAGCGCCCUACCAGCAGACAAAUUCGAGAGAUUCCAGUCUGGUCAACUUCCAGCUACCACAGCUGAGUGCACUGAUCCUCUUGGGUCGAGUGUCACUUGCGGCAACUUCAUCGGGCAAACAAGCACUACAGUGGUGGCCACCACGAAUGGAAAGUCAACUUGGAAUGAGACAUACAUUGCCACAUCGUUUCCCGCGUACUCGACGCUCACAAAGCCGACAACGAUCACGACUACGGGCACUGCUGGCGAAACCAUUGCCGCCGUGAYUCUUGCUGGAGGUGCGGCACUGCUUGCUGUGCCAAAACCUAUCAUACCUGAAGCACCAAUAACAUCGAUACCAACGCCAAGUCUACCCUCCAGCAAGUCGACAACUUCGGCGACUUCCACCGCCAGUCGAACGGCGCAGCCAGAAAUGAUAACACUGCCCGUCUCCAACUGGAUGAAAGUUUUUGGCACACCUCAUGUCUUGUAUAGCAGCAACGACAUUGCAUGCGGUUCGUCAGAGGACACGCCAGCCGUGGGUCGAGACACGAUAUCAUCCAAGAUCAAGGAAUUUUGUGAUUCCAAAAAUGGUACCGUGGUUAAUCAGAAGACCAUCACACAAGAAACUUACAACGUUGGUGCUGGCGUUGCGUUGAACAUCACCGUCAACCAAUAUCCCUUGUGUGCGACGCGAAAUGCCAUAGAAUCGACAAUCUUUUCGGAAGAUUGCAGUUACUUCCUCCACGAGGCUCUGGAUGGCUGUGACACUGAUACACUUUCGAAGCGUGGUGGCAAAGUCAGUGACACCUGUUUCAUCUGGAACUUGCAACCUGAAUACAACGCCGGGGACCUUACCUGUGGUACCACGCUCAAAGAUGGGACCGGUGUCAACCGCGAUGAAGCACUUGAGAAUAUCAAGGACUUUUGUUCCAGCUUCGCGGAAUCACCCCUUGAUCCUUCCAAAAAAGUCGACAAGACAUACAAACCUCGCGUUGGAAAUUCAAACAUGAUACUGUCCGCCCAAUACUCCGACGAUGCGGAAUGCAAAAAGGAAGCCUCGACACCAUACACCGUCGAUCGUGCUGCUUGCGAGCGCUUCCUACGACGAACAAUUGACGACUGCGAUGUCGGUUUCAAAGGAUCCAUGGGAAAGUAUGGUGGCAGUAUUCAAGACGGCUGCGGAGUCUUCAUUCUUAAAACAGAAAUCGAAGAGAUGAUCCAAUGUGGCCACAACGCAUAUCCUAGAGCAAAAGAUCUAACACCCGAUGCAACAAAAGCGGCAAUUGACAGCUAUUGUGGUCGUUCCUUGACUCUGGAUCCAAACUAUAAGAGCGACAAUCAAUUUCACCAAGAUACUCCUUCUGGAGAGUCUUAUGACAAUGUAGUGUCGGGUGAUGUUGUAGUUCGCAUUAGAACGCAAUUCAACAGUCAGAAUCAGAAGGAUUGCGCACCUUCACGUAGUUUUGAUACUCAAGGGGAUGAGUGUCGCAGGCGAAUGGAGGUGAUUCAGGGGAAGUGCGGAAAGGAUGGGGGAGUUCUUAGCUCUAAUACACAGGAUGGCUGCGUUCUUUGGACGAUGUGGGGGACAAGUAGUAGUUGA